UUGUUAGAUUUUGCUUUUUUUUUUUUUAAAAGAAAGCCAAAAGGGGUUAAAGUUAAGAACUUAAAAGAACCAACGAAGACAUUGUUUGUUGUGUGAUUUACAGGGGAUAUUACCGAUGUAGCAGCUCAAAAGGAUGUUUAGCCAGAAAACAGGUGGAGAGGACAAAUCGGACCCAACAAUGUUCAUAGUGACAUACACUGGUGAACACGACCACCCUGCUCCUACUCAUAAAAGCUCCCUUGCUGGCUCCACUCGCUACAAACCUCAGACUGGUGGAGACACAACCACCACAAAACCUGUUUCUCCAGCGACCUCAUCAGAGGUGGCACAACACAGUACAAAGUCAGAGUGCAUAGAAGAGGAGUUGGAAGAUCUGAUGAAAGAUGAUGAAGAAGCAAAUGAAUUUGACUCAACAGAAACAGUGGUAUCAGAUGAUUUCUUUGAAGGGUUAGAGGAACUGACAGGGUCUGCCAUUGACCCCUUUACAGCUAUAGUUACCAUUGAGCGGUUGGUCACUGGCCAUACUGCUACCACUAUACCGGGGGGGGGGGGGGGGGGGUCUGGUUUGGGUAAGUCUGAGAGUCGCUCUUUUCUGUUAGAGAAUAGCACUGGAAAUGGGUUGGUUUGCUUUGGGGGGUAG